AUGGAGUUCAAUUUCUCGUCCCACAUACAGUACAGUCAGUUCCAAGUGAACGCGAUACUGAGUUCAAUCUACAUCGGUCAGCUGCCUUCAAGUUUCAUCGGGGGUUAUCUGGCCUAUCGAUAUUCAGCCAUUAGGAUUUUCCUGGCGUCAUUUGGUGCCGGCUCCAUUGCCCAUGUCCUUGGUCCUGUCAUGUUUGGCAACUUUAGAACUGCAGUGAUCCACCGUGUCUUGGCAGGCCUGGUAGAGGGACUAUGCGAACCCGCCGCAUUCGGUGUGCUAAGCCAAAACUUAACACCAAGGCAAAGUGCAAGAGUUUCUCCCUAUAUCUUUGCAGCAUACUACUUUGGCCAGUCGCUUGGAAAAAUCUCAACGGGGUUUUUGACGCAAAGACUGGCCUGGCAGACAGCAUUUUACAUGUUUGGGGGCCUGGGGAUAACGUGGGCAGCCGUUUCGGUUGGAUUUGCAGUUACAGGCUUGGGGGAGAGGCACGAUGCACUGGAUACACAAAGUCAGGACAAAGAGGGUUUCAAAACGAAAGGUGUUCCAUUCUGUCACAUCUUCACGUCUCCUGCCGUCUGGGCCUACAUUAUGAUUCUAGCAGCAUCCUACGUUUGGGAGCCAACUCUCCUGCCCCUGUACUUUCAGCAAAGCUUUGGAGUACAGGUCGAGCUGCUGCGUCAAGGCAAGACACAGAAGAACGAGACGUACAGUUUGUUUCAGCUGAGCUGA